AUGGCGGAAAACAUUCUCGAUAUAUUUCUAUCAGACGAUGAAGAUUUUGAAUUUGAGGGAUUUACAAAUUCAGAAAUAGAUGGAACGGAGACAAGAAGUAUUGGAAGUGAUAUUUCUUUCUCCGAUAUUGAUGAUUCCUCCUCGUCCGAAGAAUCAGAAGAGGAAAUAGACGAAGAAACUUGGACAAGAACGCUCUCCAGACCAAACGUUGCCGAGUUUAAUGAGCAAGUUGGAGCAGCUUUUGUUUUAGAAGAACAUAAGAAACAAUUAGAUUUCUUUCACAAAUUUUUCCCUGUUUCUUUAAUCGACAAAAUUGUAGAGGAAACAAAUCAGUAUGCUGCGCGAUGCAUUGAAACAAGGCCGGAUAAAGUGUGGGUCCCUACUACCUUUCUUGAAAUGAUGGCGUUUUUGGGAAUUCAUGUAGUAUUUUCCGUCAUAGGAGUUCCUUCGUACACCCUUGCAUGGAAGUCAUUGUGGCCCUUUGAGCUUCCAAGUAUACCUUCCAUUAUGACAAGGACACGUUUUGAGAGAAUUUCCAAAUACUUUCACAUGAACGAUACCAGACAAAAUCCACCUAAGGGACGCCAAGGACAUGACAAACUGUGUCAUAUUAGACCAGUAAUUGACAAACUUUCUGAGACAUGUUUGGAAAACUACAGUCCUCAUAAAGAACAGUCCAUUGAUGAAGGAAUGAUAGCCUUCAAAGGAAGACUGUCAUUCAAACAGUACUUACCGGCCAAACCCACAAAAUUUGGAAUAAAAGUGUGGGAGCGUGCUUCACCACACAAUGGAUACGUACAUGAAUUUCAAGUGUACACCGGAAGAGUCGCAGAGAGAAGACCAGAGGAAGGGUUGGGGGCACGUGUGGUGAAGGACCUAACUCGGAAAUUGAUUGGAAAAUCGCAUGUGAUUUACAUGGACAAUUUUUUUUCGAGCCCAGAACUGUUUGAACGCUUGUUACGUGAAAAGAUCUACUCUUGUGGCACUGUCCGAAUAAAUCGCCGUGGAAUGCCAGAAGCCAUCAAAAGUGCCAAAUUAAAGAACAGAGGAGAAUCCCUUACAAUGCAGAAAGGCAACCUAGUAGCAACAGCAUGGAAAGACAAGAAGAUUGUGACUUACCUAAGCACAAACUGCGAUCCUACACAGACCAGAGUAGUGCAAAGACGUCAAAAGGAUGGGACCCUAAAGGAUGUGUCAGCUCCAAGUGUCUCUGAGCUAUACAACAAAUAUAUGUUUGGUGUAGACUUGGCUGACCAAAAGAGGAUGCAGUAUUCCACUUGCAGAAAAGCCAAAAAAUGGUACAAGUACUUGUUUUGGUUUUGUUUUGAUGUUGCACUUGUCAAUUCCUUGAUUUGCAUGCAAGAAUCGCCAAAUCAUAAGUUGCUGACCAAAACAAACAAGGAAAAAAAGAGAACACAGUUGGACUUCCGAAUGGCAUUGGCGCAGCAGAUGAUCGGAACAUUCAGAGGAAGUAGAAAGCGUAGGGCACCUGGAGUGACGGGAAAUUGUGGGGAUGCACAUUGGCCCAUUCAAUUUGAAAAAGCUGGACGAUGUAAGGGAUGUGCAAAGCAGAACAAGAGACACGAAGUCUCUACUGGAUGCAGACAAUGUAAUGUUAGACUGUGCAUAAAGAAUGACUGCUUUUUCAAGUACCACCAAGAACUGUUAAAAUGA